AUGAACGAUCAACUACAACGUGAAUUGAAGACGUUAGAUCGUUCUUACAGCUAUGAACAGACAGUAGUAAGUUACUUUAUAAAAAAGUUACAUAACCGUGCAGUUGAUGCAGUAAAAGAUUAUCUAAAGCCUCAAAAUAAGUGAACCAAAACUUUCAAAAAGCCUUACCAAAAGCCAAAACUAUGGUAACUUCAGCGUUUUUCAAAAAAAUCAUGGGAAGUUAGAAAAAUGAAUAGAAAGUUAACAAAGGUUUUGCUAUCUUUGUAAAAGCCGUAGUGAGUUCAGUAUAUAUUUCAGCAACUAGGCCGAUACCGACUAGAUAGUGAAGAUGAAGAUAAGCCAGAUGAUGAAGAAGCCAAACCUAAACAAAAGAAGUUAUCAAAGUCAGUCAGAUUCCAUGAACACGAUCCUCGUGAAGACUGGAAAGAAGAAAGGAAAGAGAAAACAUGCCUAGGGCAACUUCAGAAAAUGUGCUUUCAGAUGCGGCCAAGUAAGUGGGUUGACAUUGUUGUAGUUGGGUAUUUGACAAUAUUGUAGUGAGCUAUAUAUAAGUAAACGACGGCACUGUAAAAAAACUUACCAGUCAGUAAAAAAACAAAGAUAAAGUAACAAAAGACACAAAAAUAGCUCAAAUCAAGCUAGUUAGGCCAAAUAUUAAAUAAUGGUUAAGUUUUAUUUUACUUGACACCAUAUUGAUGUUAUGUUACAUUAUUUUAAUAUCGUAACAAUUACAGUACAAUAAUUGUUUUAUUGUAUUUUAUGCUUUUAUUCCAGCUUUAUCUUGGAUUUCAAUACGAUCAACUUUGGUCGAUUGGCUGUUAUUAGCAAUAUUGGGUAUUGGUAUGGCAAUAGCUAGUAUGAUAGUAGAUGCAAUAAUUGAUUAUCUUAAUAAAUGUAAGUUUAAAUUAUUGUGAGCUGAACUAAAUAACCGUACAAUAUAUUGUAACCUAAUAUACAUUAAAUACCUUGUAUCUCACAGAAUAUUAUCGUAAACAUAAAAGAAAAGAGUAAACUUUACAAUCAAAUAUCAUUUCAGUCCAAAUCGUGUUGUUAACGUUAAGCGGGUCAUUCGAAAGCGAAUCUACAAACUAUCUACUGACAUACCUCUCCUGGGUUGGUUAUACCGAGAUCCUCGUCCUCUGUUCGGCCAUGUUCGUACAUUACAUUGCACCACAAGCUAUUGGUUCUGGAAUCCCCGAGAUGAAGACUAUUCUUCGUGGAGUGAUUCUGAAGGAUUACUUAUCGUUCAAAACAUUAGUGUCAAAGUUUAUUGGACUCACGUUUUCACUGGGGUCUGGAGUUCCUAUUGGCAAAGUGGUGGGUAUCAAACACUAGUUAACCUUUCAACCUUAUUAUCAACGUUUUUAAUAUAAAAAUCUUAAAUUUUUGACUAAAGGCAUCAGAAAAUCAUUCUCUACUUCAUAUUACUACUUUUCCACAAUUUUUUUACACGUUUUGACCCAAAACCCCAGUAAAACCUCAUUCUAGGGUCCCUUCGUUCACCUGGCCUCAAUCGCUGCAAACUUACUGAGUAAUUUGGCUGCCGGUUUUGAUGGUGCAUAUGGAAAUGAAUGUAGAAAGUCCGAAAUGUUGGCCGCUGCUUGUGCUGUAGGCGUUGCAUGUUGCUUCAGUGCUCCUGUUGGUGGUAAGAAACGUGAUUUGUUACCUAAAAAUCAAAAUUUUGCAUUUUAUCGAACUUUUGAAAAAUUUAAAAAAAAACUGUUGAAACUACGUAUUAUAUACAACAAACUUACAAUUUUUCAAAUGAUUUAGGUGUUCUCUUCUCCAUCGAAGUAACAACAAUGUAUUUCUCCGUCAGAAACUAUUGGCGUGGAUUCUUCGCUGCUGCUUGUGGAGCUACAGUGUUUCGUCUUCUGAGAGUUGUACUGCUACAUUCUGAAGGUCAGUUAUUGUCAUAAAUAACAAAAAAUAUAAUAAUUGUCUACAAAACUGUCCAAAAUUUAUAAAUUUUUUCAUUUGACUCCAUUUUAUACGAUGGAAAAGAGAAAAAUACGAAAUUUACAAGAUUUUGUCUGUGAGAAAUUUAUCAAUGUGUUUUAUGCUUUCUGGCAGAUAUCUUGCAAAAAUUGUUGAUGGUAUAAUAAAAAAGAAUGUAAAAUUGUUUAUUUUACUAUUUCAGCAACACUCGUCGCUUUCUACCAAACGGAUUUCCCGAAAGAUGCUUUUGAGUAUGAAGAACUUCCAUUUUUCGCUUUGAUCGGAGUGAUUUGUGGUUUCGUCGCAGCAACCUACAUCAUCUUCUAUCGCUCAUUGGUCAUGUUCCUACGUCAAAAUGAUUAUGCAAAGAAGUUUUUCCAAAAGAAGUAUGAUUUCAUCAUUUAUUCUUUAAAAAUGUUCGUGUUUCUUUGCUAAUUUGCUAUGAAGUAGACUUUUUAAUGAUAACAUAAUAUUUUUAGCUGGAUUGUCUAUCCCAUUGUGGUAUCUUUCUUUGUGGCAUCUAUAACGUAUCCGAGAGGUUAUGGACGGUUUUUGACUGGUCGGGUAUGUUUUUCUUUGUUGUUAUUGGUUUAGGCGUCACUUUGAACUGAAGAAUAACAUAAUGCAUGAAAAACAAGAAGUAUUUCCAUUAUAUUGAUGAUCUUCUAUUAAGUGAAUGUUAAUAAUAGUUUUUUUAGUACAAAUUCACACAAACAAUUGUGGAUUUGUUCUCGAAUUGCACUUUUACAAAGCCGGUCAAAUCUUUGGAAAGUCCUCAUGGCUGCUCAUUGGAACAACUCUCAACUUGGACCAAUCAUGAAGGUUAUGGUCCGUACAACUUCUUUGUGGUUGUUACUUUGUUUGCUUUUACUUUUGUAAGUUGUUUUUUCAUUCUACAUUGGGUUUUAGGGUGAUUGCCGGUAUUUAUGUUGUUUUAGGUAACAGUUUCAUAUUUUUAGCAAAAAAGUUUAAAAAAAAGAUUUUAAAAUCCAUGUUUGGCUAUAUUUUCUUCUUUUUUACUUGAUAACAAGAGUUACAUUAAUAUUUCAGCUCUUCCUGUCAGGCCUCUGUAACACUAUGCCUAUACCUUGUGGUAUGUUCAUGCCUACAUUUGUGGUUGGAGCGGCUAUUGGUCGUGGAGUCGGCGAAUUUGUAUCUGUUUUGUAUCCUGAUGGAAUGCCUGGAGGGACGGAUCAGCCAAUUUUCCCUGGGGUAUACGCGGUUGUUGGAGCAGCAGCGUUGUCUGGAGCUGUGUCACACAGUGUUUCGGUAGCUAUGAUCUGUUGCGAAAUGACCGGACAGCUGGUUUAUAUCAUUCCGUUGAUGGUGAGGGUUUCUAACAGAAUUCUAUUUUUGUUACUUUAUACUGUUUUAUUUACAUUAGGUGUUGUAAAAUACAAUUUUAGGUAGCUGUUAUUGUAGCCAACGCUGUGUGUAAACACCUACAACCUUCGAUAUACGAUGCUGUGAUUAAUAUCAAACAUCUGCCAUAUUUGCCCGACAUUCCACCUUCUAAUUCAGCGUAAGAUUUGGAAGUCAUUCUGUUUUUCUAUUAUAUUAUAGUAGCUGUUAUAAUUCAAAUCAAUUUACAUUGAUAAAACAUUUUUAGGGUUCAUUUCUUUACCGCAGAGCAUAUUAUGGUAACGCCAGUGCGAUAUUUGACUAAAAAGACGACUUACAUGGACAUAAGGAAUAUUGUAGUAGAGAUGAGGAAAGUCCACAGUUUUCCUGUUGUAGAUGAUCAUGGUAAUCUUUACUUUUUAAUCGAAAUAUGCCAUGUGUUUUUGUUGUUACGGUCGUAGCUACGAAGAAUUAAAGCUUAGUUUUUGAAUUUGAACGUUUUAUGUUAAUUAAACAUCAAUUUUACCUUUUAGAAUACAUGAUGCUCCUUGGUUCAAUAGCCAAACGUCGUCUGCUCGAAAUCCUUAACAAGCAGAUUGGAGAUGAAGCUCGAAAGCAGGAAGCUGAACGUCGUAUCAAAGUGGCAAUAGAAACAAUUGAUCAACAUUUCAAAGAUAAUAUGGCGUUACGCUUCUUGCAAGUGUUAGACGCAGAUUCCAAGAAGACCAGUUUUGUCGUUGAUAUACAGGACAAUUACCAUAAUGGGGACUUUAAUGAGCAGGACAUUGAGAUGGUAGAAGAGGUAUUGGAAAGUAAAUUGGCUGACCAAGCGAAGAAGGUGGUAGAGCAAGAAGAAGAAGAGUUUCCGAGAAGACAGUCCUUUACUAGAAGCAGGUAACGAUACCUACCUUAAUAUAAACCUAUGAUAUUAUAUUCCAGGUUCACAAUAGAGCCAGUAACAGCAGAAGAAGAGAAUCAACCAAAGUCUAAGAAGAUACGAUACUUUAGUGGAGGUAAUGGCAAAACACAUCCUCCGCCAAGAGUCCGCCGAAAUGCCUUCAGUAGUGCGUCGAUUCACAGUGACAGUAAAGAAUACGAGAAUGAUGAUAGAUAUUUGGACAAGCCAGAAGAAACGAAAUCAGUGGCUUCUGAGGUCUCAGACACUUCGAAAAAGCACUCAUGGCAUUCGAAAAUUGGCUACGAUACGGUCACUAGUACGUUUAGUAGUUGGUUCUAUGUAAAAUACUGUAGUACAAUCUGUUUUCUAUAUAAAAUGCAGUAGAAAAAUGUGGGUUAUAUGUAAAAUACGGUAAUACAUGGUUGAUUUUUGAUUGAAAGAGAUGAUAUUGAGUAUUUGAAGCUCUGUAGCUUUUCUUAUUUUAAUUUACUACUUUUUAUGCUCCUAAAAUAGCGUUUUUUAGUUAAUAUAGCCUUAAAUUCUGCUUUCAAUCUCAAAAUUACGUAAACUUACGAUCCAUGUUGAAUAUUACCUAAAAUACUUAAAUAAUUCCAGAAAACCUAGCCAAUUUCCUCCGCAACGCCAAGAAUCAUUUCAAUUUGCAAAAGCGAAAAGGAGUCAAAGAGAAGGCCGAGUACGAUCUGUUCGAGGACGAGCGAAGGGAGUGGGAAAUGCAGCAAUUAAAUGAAGCAAUCGAGAUUGAUGAAGUUUUGAUUGACCCGGCACCAUUCCAACUGGUACGACGGACAUCAUUGUACAAGGUUCACUCGGUGUUCUCUUUGUUAUCAUUGAAUAGAGCCUAUGUCACUGACAGAGGUCGGUUGGUGGGUGUUGUGGCUUUGAAGGAUGUAAGUUUAAGAUUUAUGUAUCAUUUUGGCUUUGAAGGUGUCAUGGGGACAAAAACUAAUAUUUUUAGUAUGAAAGAGGAAUUUAGCUUCUAAAAAUUAUGCUUAUUACUUAUUUUUUCACCUAACUUAACAUAAAAAAUGGCACAUUUUCAAAAACGCUUUACAAUUUUUAUCUUAUGCUAUCUUUAUCAGCUAGUACAAGCAAUUUUUCUUAUUUUCUUACCUAUUUUAGUUUUAAUUUUAUCAUAUUUAAGUUCCAGCUUAAAGUUCCCAUAUUUCAGGACAAUUUCACUAUCGGUAUAUCUUUCAGAACAACAUUAGACGGUAAUGUUUCCGGCUGAUUAACCUAUAACACUUAUUAAACUUUAUGCCAAUUUAAACUCAUAAUUGAAAAGCUAAUGCUUUAUAAACAUUUCUAAACUUUUAGCUCAAACAUCCUUUUCUGUCGUAAAAAAAUUAUUUAUUCAGUACUUGGUAUAACUGGAUUUGAAAAUUGGCAUAAAUUACGAUAUAGUACCCUUUUUUACACCUAAAUUAAUAAUAGCCAUCCCAUAUUAGGUCAGAAUCGCAAUCCAAAAUGCCCAAAGCGGCGUACCACUUAACGCUCAAACGGACACAAACACCAGCACAACCAACACAACACACGACAUGGCAGAGACGGAUGUGGAAAAGGGUCUACCAGAAGAUGGGUCUCAAUACGGUAGUCAGUACAACACGGUAGAACCUCAUCCAGAAGUGGCACAGAACUUUAUGGAACAAAUUGAACGUCAUCGCCUGAAGCUGGAGCAGCGAAACAAUUCUGAAGUACACGACCUUCUGACGCCACCGUUAAAAGUAUGACGACAUUGUGCUUGUUUUGCUGUGUUUUGUCUGAAGAUACGUCUACCGUAGCUUCAGAUACCUUUCACUGUAUCUACUGGUACCCAAUCGUAUCUUCAGAUACCUUAUCGACACGAAUCUGUGCUUCAAAUCACCUAUAAUACCUAAAUGAAUACCCCAAUCUCAACCCUCUUCCUAUUUUUAGAUUGUUCACCCGAGUCAGGCGGACCUCCAACGAUUCUACAACCAUCCAAUGCUCACAAUUCAUGAAGAGAAUGAACCGGUCAAUUGGAGUCGCAAAUCUUCGUUGAAAUCCCAGACUUCAGAUAGAGAGGAACGGCCGCGAGUCGAGUUCCACACCAAUCCGAGCGAUGUCAACGUGUCAGCGAUGAGUCAGCCGGCCAGUCGAAGGGAGAGCACGAUAUUGGAGUAGGUUUUUCAGCUUGUCUAUUGGGUAAAUUUGGAGUCUAAAAUACGAAAAAAAUGUUUUUUACUAGUCUAAGCGAUGAAUAGCUUUGAUCUAUGAAACAUUUUUUUUGUUAUGGCCGUGAAAAUUAAAAAUUUCUGAUUAUAUUAUCAUAGCUAAUCCAAAUCAACUUGCAGAGAGCUGGUCGGCGAAACCUCGGAACUCGCCGGCCCCGUGGCCGAAGCCGUCGCCUACAUUCAGGCCAAAGAAGUCACCAUCGAAGACCUACGCACACUGGGCGAAGAAAUCGAGGAAGAGAAGCACGAACAAGAUGAAGCCGAACCAACUGCUCAAUGA